AUGGACCAUCGCUUUAGAUCUCAUUGGCAAUAUCCCAGGCAAAAUUACUUUCCCCAGCAUUCGUAUCUCUAUAAUCAACCCAACUUUCGUCAUAAUCAACCCAACUUUCGUCAUAAUCAACCCAACUAUCGGCAUAAUCAACCCAACUAUCGGCAUAAUCAACCCAACUAUCGGCAUAAUCAACCAAACUAUCGGCAUAAUCAACCAAACUAUCGGCAUAAUCAACCAAACUAUCGGCAUAAUCAACCAAACUAUCGCCAAAACCAGCAUCAGAGAGGAAACACUAAUCCCAACCGCCAGAACAACUACCGUCGUCCA